CAAGAUGUGUUCAAUGCUCUCGUCUCGGCGGCUCGUCGGGUCUUUGAUGAUGGAUAGCAGCUCCCUCGCCAUAUAAGAAAUGGAGUUUCCCUCCUCAGGAUUCACUCUCCACCUCGACAUCGAGAACUACUAGAUCCAACACAAAUCUUCAAUAUGCGCGCCAGCUCCUUCAUCGCUCUCGCCAUCGGUGCCACCGCCGUCUCUGCGUCCGGGUCGGCCUCGUGCGAUCCGUACUGCCAGUUCCCAGCAAGCCUUGACUGCCCAGGAGGAGGCGGUGUUCACAUCGACAAGAAAGAUCUUAUCGCGGCAGUUGUUGCAGGCGAUAGGUCGCAGCCACCGCAGGAGACCAGUGCAUCCAACCUUGCUACGAGGCACUGCGCUGCGGUCAACUACCCUCUCUGGACGACUGAUUUGCCCAAAAAUGCCGGCUCGGUUUACUAUGCCUAUUCACCCAGCGGCACCUUUUACUACUGCGGCACCUCUUCGGGAACCGCUCCGUCAGGUUGGCCUGAUCAAUGUACGGAGAACUAGGUAUUAAUCAGAAAUGCUUCUAUAUAGUUGGAAGUUGUCCCAUGAGGGUUACUGUAAAUAGAAAUGAAAAUGCCAAUGCGACGCUUUU